CCACGGUGUGUCUGUCUGUCUUUCUGUCUGCAUGCGCUGAGGGCGUCCUCCUCCUCCUCCUCCUCCUCUCACUGUACGUGACGUCUAACCAGCAUGGCGGUCAAGGUGCAAUCGACCAAACGUGGGGACCCCAGUGAGCUGAAAUCCAUCUUCCAGAAGUACGCCAGCGUAGCGGACAAAGAUGGAGAGCGGUUCAUGACCCCGGGGGACUUUGUCCAGAGGUAUCUAGGACUGCACACCCAGAUCCACCACAACCCCAAAACUGUGCAACUCAUCGCUGCUGUGGCUGACACCACGAAGGACGGGCUGAUCUCGUUCCAGGAGUUCCUUGCGUUUGAGUCGGUGCUGUGUGCCCCAGAUGCCCUUUUCAUAGUAGCCUACCAGCUAUUCGACAAGACUGGAACUGGAGAUAUUUCCUUCGAGAAUGUGCGGGACAUCUUCGGCCAGACCACUGUGCACCACCACAUUCCCUUCAACUGGGACUGUGACUUCAUCCGCCUGCAUUUUGGCCACGACCGCAAGAAACGCCUCAGCUACCUCGAGUUCACCCAGUUCCUGCAGGAGCUGCAGUUGGAGCAUGCGCGUCAGGCAUUUGCCCAGAAGGACAAAGGAAAGAAUGGCGUCAUCUCUGCGAUGGACUUCAGUGACAUUAUGGCCACCAUCAGACACCACAUGCUCACACCCUUCGUGGAGGAGAACCUUGUCUCGGCUGCAGGUGGAGGCACCUCUCACAUGGUCAGCUUCUCCUACUUCAACGCCUUCAACUCCCUCCUGAACAACAUGGAGCUGAUCCGCAAGAUCUACAGCACGCUGGCCGGCUCGCGGAAGGACACGCUCGUGACCAAAGAGGAGUUUGUUUAUGCCGCCAACAAAUUCGGUCAGAUCACUCCCAUGGAAAUCGACAUCCUGUACCAGUUAUCGGGCCUGCACUCUGCCUCUGGGCGUCUGAACCUCGCUGACAUUGAGAGGAUAACCCCAUUAGAGGAAGGAUGUCUGCCCUAUAACCUGGCUGAAACCCAGAAACAGGCUGGGGACAGUCCCAGGCCCGUGUGGCUUCAAAUUGCAGAGUCGGCCUACAGGUUCACCCUGGGCUCCAUCGCUGGAGCCACGGGAGCGACGGCAGUGUACCCCAUCGACUUGGUGAAGACUCGUAUGCAGAACCAGAGGUCCACGGGGUCCUUCGUGGGAGAGCUGAUGUACAAGAACAGCUUUGACUGCGCCAAGAAGGUGCUUCGCUACGAGGGCUUCUUCGGCUUCUACAGAGGUCUGGUUCCUCAGCUCAUAGGCGUCGCUCCUGAGAAGGCUAUCAAACUCACAAUGAAUGACUUUGUGAGAGAUAAAUUCACCGAAAAAGACGGCUCGGUCCCUUUAUUUGCUGAGAUUUUAGCCGGUGGCUGUGCCGGCGGCUCUCAGGUGAUCUUUACCAACCCUCUGGAGAUCGUGAAGAUCCGUCUGCAGGUGGCGGGCGAGAUCACCACGGGACCGCGAGUCAGUGCUCUAAGUGUGGUCCGUGACCUCGGCUUCUUCGGCCUCUACAAGGGUGCUAAAGCUUGCUUCCUUAGGGACAUUCCCUUCUCCGCCAUCUAUUUUCCUGCGUACGCCCACAUCAAGUCCCAGCUUGCUGACGAACAAGGCAGAGUGGGACCUCUGCAGCUUCUCACUGCCGGAGCAAUUGCAGGUAUCCCCGCAGCCUCCCUCGUGACGCCCGCCGAUGUCGUCAAGACUCGCCUGCAGGUCGCGGCGAGGGCAGGACAGACCACCUACACCGGGGUCAUCGACUGCUUUAGGAAGAUCAUGAGAGAGGAAGGCUUCAGGGCUUUGUGGAAGGGAGCUGGAGCCCGUAUGUGCAGGUCCUCUCCUCAGUUUGGUGUGACCCUGGUGACGUAUGAGCUUUUGCAGAGGUGGUUCUACGUCGACUUUGGAGGACACCGUCCAUCGGGAUCCGAGCCCACUCCCAAGUCUCGCAUCUCAGAGCUCCCUCCCAUCAACGCCGACCACGUCGGAGGCUACCGCCUGGCCGCCGCCACCUUCGCCGGAGUGGAGAACAAAUUCGGCCUCCACCUUCCUAAAUUCAAGUCCUCCGGCGUGGUUUCCAUGCACCAUCUAGAGGCCGCGCCUGCCAAGGCACCAUAGAGGUCCACAUCUCCAUAUCACUUCGCCAUCCCUCCUCCUCCACUACCAGGAGCCAGACACUUAGAUAGACACACAACCAAAGCACACAGUUAACACACACACUCCACAAAACAAGGGGGCCGGGACCACCAGCCCGUCACUCUCUCCGGAAGGGGGAGGCGUACUCCGGCGAUCACUCGCCAGCCGUGAAGGGCGGAGAGCUGGCUGCAGCAGCGUACAGGAGAGGAGACGGCGACGGGGACCAGAGCGCUGACUGUGUUGUGUCUUCGGUGGCUGCAUGCUCCUGGAAGCUUCAUCCUUUGUGUUCUUCUCUCAGCAAUUGUUUAAAUCGGAGUCUCGGACACUCCUCUGUCUCAUGAGUAGCUGAUAUGAUUUUUAAUUCUGUUUUCUGUCUGAUACUCAGUGUGAGCAGGACUUCUCUUAUUGGAAAGCGGGCUUAGGAAAAUAGUAGGCGGAUCUGCGCGGUGUGUGGGGCUUCACUCUCGAUCACUCCUCACACAGGAGGCUGAAUACUGUAAUGUACAUACUGUAGAACUGUACUGAGAAGAUGUUACAAGAAAAAAAAGCUCAGCAACAUAUAUUUGCCUCAUUGCACAGUAACUGUAAUGUAACGGCAACGUGGGGCCUUCGGUCUCUGAGAAUCACUUACUGAUGUACAGACGUUUUCAAUUGAGUGUUCUCAUGAAAACGACAACAACAAAAAAAAACAAGACCAUGAGCAGAGAAUAAGGUAUUAAUAAAUUAAAUGUAUCUGGAUUCAGUCAUUGUAUUUUAAUGAAAUAAAUCAUCCAUAUGGUUUUAAUUUUA